AUGGGGAACGUCUUUUGGGACGUGCGGAACGGCCGCACGUGGAGCGCGACAGAUCUCGCGACGCAGAAGGCGACGUUGACCAAGCAGCUCGAAGUGCAGGACGAAGCUCGGCAGCGGGAGAAGCGCGCGAUCCGCGCCAAGGCGCGACAGAUGUACGAAGAAGAGAAGGCGCUCCAAGCCCAGCACGAGCAAGCGUCCGCAUCCAAGAAGCGGCAGCAGCAGGUGCUCAAGACGCAGCAAAAGCAGCAAGCCUCGAUGCAAAAGAAGAUCGACGCGCUCCGGCAACGGCGUCAGCUGCUCAAAGAGCAAGAAGUGCUGCGAACGACCGGCAUCGACUGGCGGGCGCCCAUGGACGCGAGCAAGACCAACGUCCUUUUGCAGUUUGUCGACGACGAGAUCGCGAAGCGCAAGGAGCUCGCCGCGGCGCACACGCGGCAUCUUGCGAUCGUCGCGGC